AUGAUGAUGACAAGUACAAUAUUAACCACCACUAUCUUCAUUCUUCUCAUGUUGUGCAAUGUAUGUAUAAUUGCAAGCGAAGAAUGUCCUCCCGCACGCAAAUAUAAAUCAUCUGACGUAAAAGCAUUAAGGAAGAGAUUUGAAGGUUGGGUGAAACGACAUGGUCGAAAAUACAAACAUAGUGAAGAAUGGGAAGUGCGCUUUGGCAUUUACCAAGCCAAUGUUCAGUACAUAGAGUGCAAAAACGCACAGAAAAACUCCUACAAUCUCACAGACAAUAAAUUUGCAUAUCUUACAAAUGAAGAGUUUAGAAGUACUUAUAUGGGUUUAACAACUACGUUGCAUUCACAUAAUACAGGAUUCAGGUAUGAUGAACAUGGCAAUCUUCCAAAAAGCAAGGAUUGGAGGAAGGAGGGAGCAGUAACUAAAAUCAAGGAUCAAGGCGAAUGUGGAAGUUGUUGGGCAUUCUCUGCAGUAGCAGCAGUAGAAGGCAUCCACAAAAUAAAAUCAGGGAAAUUGGUCUCUCUGUCUGAACAAGAACUCGUAGAUUGUGACGUUAAAAACGGUAACCAAGGUUGCCAAGGUGGCUUGAUGGAGGAUGCAUUUACAUUCAUCAUAAAUAAUGGUGGACUAACCACUGAGAAAGACUACCCUUAUGAAGGUAAAGAUGGUACCUGUAACAAGGAAAAAGCCGCACAUCAUGCUGCGAGUAUAAGUGGAUACGAAGUAGUUCCUGCUGGUAAUGAAACUAAGCUUAAAGCUGCAGCUGCACAUCAACCUGUGUCUGUUGCAAUUGAUGCAGGAAGUUAUUUAUUUCAACUUUAUUCUGAAGGUGUUUUCUCUGGCUUAUGUGGGAAGCAACUCAAUCAUGGUGUGAAUGUAGUUGGGUACGGAGAAGCGAAUAGUGUCAAGUAUUGGAUUGUGAGGAAUUCAUGGGGUGCUGAGUGGGGUGAAUCUGGUUAUAUCAGGAUGAAGCGCGGCACUUUUGAUAAAGAUGGUCUGUGUGGCAUAGCCAAGCUAGCCAGCUACCCUGUAUAG